AUGGCAAGCGGAGACCUGCUUCUUGAAGUGUGUAGCAAAACCCAGCAUGACAAACUGAAUACCAUUCAGACAUUUGGCGACGUUCCUGUCACAAUCACCAAGCACAAAUCCAUGAACACUGUCCGCGGCGUAGUGUCCGACGAUGACCUGAUUGAACUCAGUGAAACUGAACUGCUCGAGGGCUGGAGUGACCAAAAUGUAAUCAAUGUCCAAAGAAUCAAAAUCCGACGUGACGAUAAAGAAAUACCCACCAAGCACUUGAUCCUGACUUUUGGCAGCAGUACAUUACCAGAGCACAUAGAAACAGGCUACAUUCGAAUGCAUGUCAGACCUUACAUACCCAAUCCCCGGCGCUGCUUUAAGUGCCAGAGGUAUGGCCACGGAUCUCAAAGCUGCCGUGGGCGGCUCACGUGUGCUAAAUGCAGCUCUCAUGAUCACCCUGCAGAUGAAUGCAGCAACACACCCCACUGCAUCAACUGUGAUGGAGGGCACUCUUCCUACUCCCGGGCCUGCCCUGCAUGGAAACGCGAGAAAGACAUCAUAUCACUCAAAGUCAGGGAAAACAUUUCUUUCAAAGAAGCACGGCGACGUUUUUCAAUCGUUAGUCACAGGACUUACGCUGAUGCUGCACUCAAGGGGGCAGUGCGGCAGCAGCUUCCGGUGGCCGUCCGGACCCCAGACAUUGGGGCGACGAUGAGGCCACCUGCCCCCACGGCGGGUGUGGCUAGUUCCACCCCGCCACCUAAGAAGGACCAGCAGGCCAGUGGCUCAACGGUCCAAAAGACCUCCCCUUCCGAGGAGAGGCCUAAACCUAAUGCCCAGACGCGCAGCGCGCGUUCAUCCAGCGUCUCGGACGAGACAAUGGAUACAACACAAGGCCCUUCGGCACUACCGCCGAAAGGCCGCCAGAACUCUCUUGAGCGCUUGCCGAGAGGCAAGCUCAAGAGGUGA